GCGUACCGCGCGAUUUGCAUCACGCUCUUGCUGUGCAUGCUCUGCUGCCUGAUCGGGAACUUGGAUUUGAUCACCCCGAUCAUUACCAUGUUCUUCCUGCUCUGCUAUGCGGGCGUGAACCUGAGCUGCUUCCUGCUGGAUCUGCUCGACGCGCCUAGUUGGCGGCCACGAUGGAAGUGGCACCACUUCCUGCUGUCGGGCUUCGGGGCGCUUCUAUGCUUCGUAAUUAUGCUCAUCAUCUCGUGGGUGUUCACCAUCAUCUCGGUGAUCCUGGCGGCGCUCAUCUACUACUACGUCAGCGUGCGGGGCAAGGCCGGCGACUGGGGCGAUGGCUUCAAGAGCGCCUACUUCCAGCUCGCGCUGCGCAGCAUCCGCACCAUGGGAGCCAAGCAGGUGCACCCCAAGAACUGGUACCCCAUCCCGCUCAUCUACUGCAAGCCGUGGGGCAUCCUGCCCGCGGACGUGCCGUGCCACCCGAUGCUGCCCGACUUCGCCAACUGCAUGAAGAAGAAGGGCCGCGGGCUGUCCAUCUUCGUGUCCAUCAUGGAGGGCGACUACGGGGACUGCAUCGAGGAGGCGCGCGAGGCCACGCGCACGCUCACGGCCUACAUCGAGUACAAAAAGUGCGAAGCGGUGGGUGAUGUCAUAGUGGCGCGGACAAUGGAGGACGGCUUCCGCACGCUGAUCCAGAGCAUGGGCAUCGGCAACUUGAAGCCCAACAUGGUGUGCAUGCGCUACCCCGAGAUCUGGCGGGACGAGCGGCGGCAACUGGGUAACAUCCCCAACCAGUUCGUGAACAUCAUCCGCGACUGCCACGUGGGCGGCAAGGCGGUGGUGAUCGUGAAGGGCAUCGACGACUGGCCGGGCGAGUACCAGAAGCAGUACGGCUUCAUCGACUUAUACUGGAUCAUACGCGACGGCGGCCUCAUGCUGCUCCUGGCCAUGCUGCUCAAGUCCAAAAAGUCGUUCGAGGCGUGCAAGAUCCGCGUCUUCUGCACCGCCCAGGAGGAGGGCGACGCGGAGCAGCUGAAGGCGGACGUCAAGAAAUUCUUGUACGACCUGCGGAUGGAGGCCGAGGUGAUCGUGCUGAACUACCGGGCAAUGGACGAGGAGCAGGCGGCGGCAGCCAUCUCCGAGGAGCACGCGGCCGAGCGGCAAACCUCAGCGGACGCGGUACGGCAGGCGCGGAAACGGAUCGCGGCCCGGGCGGCCGCGCACAAGGCCGAGGUGCAGGCGGGCGACUCGCGGCGGCCAAUGGACGGCGAGUACAAAAACUACGAUGAGGAGAAGACGAGCCAGUUCCUACAUACUACCAUGAAGUUGAACUCGAUCAUCCUAAAAUACUCCCGGGCCGCAGCCGCUGUGGUUCUUGUCAGCCUUCCACCACCGCCCCCAAAGCACCCCAGCUAUAACUACAUGGAGUACAUGGAUUUGUUGGUUGACCAGGUCCCAAAGCUACUAAUGGUCCGGGGAUACAAACGAGACGUUGUGACGAUCUAUUCUUAGAAAGUUGUUCGUCAUGGGUUGCAUUGUACAAUGAAGAAGAGGCUUCGGAAGUUGAAGGAUUCUAUUUCACGUGCUCUCGAUUCAGUCAGGCCAUGAGACUGAGUGCUCAUGAGGCACCAGCCUUCAGGAUUUUAUGUGGCUACGCGCCUUGAAGCUCAAAUUGCAUGAUCAGGAGGA